UGUGUGUGAAGAGGGCGGGGAGAAAGGGGGCGGGGUGGAGAUACGAGAAGCCGCAGACACUGGAAGAAACCGAGGGCUGGGAGAUAGAGGAGCUUCCCAGAGCUUGGGGUCAGGAUACCAGGCUUCAAAACCUCCUACAAGUCCUAGGUACAAGGGGUCUUCCAGGUUAGCUCUGAGGCUGCAAGUGUCGUUGCCUCCCAGAGGUUCGCUCCUCCUUAAGCCACGCCCACAUCGCCUACUUCUCAGGAAUGAGAGGCUAAGGUUCAGCGCUCUGGGCCACCAACGUCAGCUCAUCCCCCUCCCCAUGAGCCCAAAUGGCUCUCAGCGCUGCCCCACCCCCACGGUUUGGAGACUGGCGGGACCCCUUCCAUCCCCCGCCUCCAAUUCGCUGAUCCGCCCCUGGCCUCUGAAACUCCACCCCUCCACCUUCUGCUGGCGGGGAUUGGUGGACUUCCCGCGGCGGUGCAUAAUGCUUGGUCCCCAUGGAUGAUGGUCACCGGCGAGAUCCCGCCCCCCGCCGGCGCUGGGGUCUGGGGGCACUGCUCAGCGGUGCUGGGGCUGGCGCGGCUCGAGCCGCCGCCGCACUGACAGCUCGGUUUGCGGACCAUGGAGACCGGCGUCGGCCCACAUCCGCUGCGCCUGUUCAUCUGCCUGAUGCCGCUCUGUCUCGCCUUGCUUUUGGGACCAGGGAGGCCCGGGACCGCCGAGGAAGUCACCCUCCUGGAUUCCAAAGCCUCCCAGGCUGAUCUGGGCUGGACUGCACUGCCAAGUAAUGGGUGGGAGGAGAUCAGCGGCGUGGACGAGCACGACCGUCCCAUUCGCACCUACCAGGUGUGCAACGUGCUGGAGCCCAACCAGGACAACUGGUUGCAGACUGGCUGGAUCAGCCGCGGGCGCGGGCAGCGCAUCUUCGUGGAGCUGCAGUUCACACUGCGCGACUGCAGCAGCAUCCCUGGAGCCGCCGGCACUUGCAAGGAGACUUUCAACGUCUACUAUCUGGAAACCGAGGCUGAUCUGGGCCGUGGGCAUCCCCGCCCAGGCGGCAGCCGGCCCCGCAAGAUCGACACGAUCGCGGCGGACGAGAGCUUCACGCAGGGCGACCUGGGCGAGCGCAAGAUGAAGCUGAACACAGAGGUGCGAGAGAUCGGUCCGCUGAGCCGGCGGGGUUUCCACCUGGCCUUCCAGGACGUGGGCGCAUGCGUGGCGCUGGUCUCUGUGCGCGUCUACUACAAGCAGUGCCGCGCUACAGUGCGGGGUCUGGCGACGUUCCCAGCCACCGCAGCCGAGAGCGCCUUCUCCACGCUGGUGGAGGUGACCGGAACGUGCGUGGCGCACUCAGAAGGGGAGCCCGGCAGCCCCCCGCGCAUGCACUGCGGCGCCGAUGGUGAGUGGCUUGUGCCCGUGGGCCGCUGCAGCUGCAGUGCGGGAUUCCAGGAACGUGGUGACAUCUGUGAAGCCUGUCCCCCAGGGUUUUACAAGGUGUCCCCGCGGCGGCCCCUCUGCUCGCCGUGCCCGGAGCACAGCCGGGCCCUGGAAAACGCGUCCACGUUCUGCGUGUGCCAGGAGAGCUACGCGCGCUCGCCCAGCGACCCGCCCUCGGCGUCCUGCACCCGGCCGCCGUCGGCGCCGCGGGACUUGCAGUACAGCUUGAGCCGCUCGCCGCUAGCGCUGCGGCUGCGCUGGCUGCCUCCGGCCGACUCGGGCGGCCGCUCGGACGUCACCUACUCGCUGCUGUGCCUGCGCUGCGGCCGCGAGGACCCGGCGGGCGCGUGCGAACCGUGCGGGCCGCGCGUGGCCUUCGUGCCGCGCCAGGCGGGGCUGCGGGAGCGCGCCGCCACACUGCUGCACCUGCGGCCCGGCGCGCGCUACACCGUGCGCGUAGCCGCGCUCAACGGAGUGUCUGGCCCGGAGGCCGCCGCGGGAGCCACCUACGCGCAGGUCACCGUCUCCACCGGUGCCGGGGCGCCAUGGGAGGAGGAUGAGAUCCGCAGGGACCGAGUGGAGCCCCAGAGUGUGUCCCUGUCAUGGCGGGAGCCCAUCCCCGCUGGAGCCCCUGGGGCCAACGGCACGGAGUAUGAGAUCAGAUACUAUGAGAAGGGUCAGAGUGAGCAGACUUACUCCACGGUGAAGACAGGGGAGCCUGCGGUCACCGUCACCAACCUCAAGCCGGCUACCCGCUACGUCUUUCAGAUCCGGGCGGCUUCCCCGGGGCCCUCCUGGGAGACCCAGAGCUUCAACCCCAGCAUUGAAGUGCAGACCCCGGGGGAGGCUGCCUCGGGGUCCAAGGACCAGAGCCCCGCAGUCGUCAUCACCAUUGUGACCAUCUCAGCCCUCCUCGUCCUGGGCUCUGUGAUGAGCGUGCUGGCCAUUUGGAGGAGGACCUGCAGCUAUGGCAAAGGAGGUCGGGAUGCCCAUGAUGAGGAGGAGCUGUAUUUCCACUUCAAAGUCCCAACUCGCCGCACAUUCGUGGAUCCCCAGAGCUGUGGGGACCCGCUGCUGGCUGUUCAUCUGUUUGCCAAGGAGCUGGAUGCGAAAAGCGUCACGCUGGAGAGGAGCCUUGGAACAGGGCGGUUUGGGGAGCUGUGCUUCGGCUGCCUGCAGCUUCCGGGCCGCCAGGAGCUCCCCGUGGCCGUGCACACGCUGAGGGAGGGCUGCUCCGACUUGCAGAGGCUCAGCUUCCUGGCCGAGGCCCUCACCUUGGGCCAGUUCGACCACAGCCAUGUGGUGCGGCUGGAGGGCGUUGUCACCCGAGGAAGCACCUUGAUGAUCGUUACUGAGUACAUGAGCCAUGGGGCCCUGGACGGCUUCCUCAGGCGGCACGAGGGCCAGCUGGUGGCUGUGCAGCUGAUGGGGAUGCUGCCCGGCCUGGCGUCGGCCAUGAAGUAUCUGUCGGAAAUGGGCUACGUCCACCGGGGCCUGGCGGCCCGCCGGGUGCUGGUCAGCAGCGACCUCAUCUGCAAGAUCUCCGGCUUUGGGCGGGGACCUCGGGACCGAGCAGAGGCUGUCUACACCACCAUGAGCGGCCGGAGCCCGGCACUGUGGGCCGCCCCCGAGACGCUUCAGUUUGGCCACUUCAGCUCCGCCAGUGAUGUUUGGAGCUUCGGUGUCGUCAUGUGGGAGGUGAUGGCCUUUGGGGAGCGGCCCUACUGGGACAUGUCUGGCCAAGACGUGAUCAAAGCCGUGGAGGAUGGCUUCCGGCUGCCACCCCCCAGGCACUGCCCCUCCCCCCUGCACCGACUGAUGCUUGACUGCUGGCAGAAGGACCCAGGUGAGCGGCCCAGGUUCUGCCAGAUCCAUGGCCUCCUGAGCAAGAUGGUGCAGGAUCCAGAGCCCCCGACGUGUGCCGACUCUACCUGUGCCAGGCCUCCCACGCCCCUGGCGGACCGUGCCUUCUCCACCUUCCCCUCCUUUGGCUCCGUGGGCACGUGGCUGGAGGCCCUGGACCUGGGCCGCUACAAGGACAGCUUCGCUGCCGCCGGCUAUGGGAGCCUAGAGGCUGUGGCCGCCAUGACUGCCCAGGACCUGGUGAGCCUGGGCAUCUCAUCGGUGGAACACCGGGAGGACCUCCUCAGUGGGAUCAGUGCCCUGCGGGCCCGGGUGCUCCAGCUGCAGGGCCGGGGGGUGCAGGUGUGAGCGGCCCCACUUUUCCAGGCCAGGACCCCAGGGGGCUCCAGCCCCCAGCCUUGCCCAGGACCCCCGCCAGCUGCGCUCCACCGUGCGGAAGUGAGCUCCCAGAGCUUGUGUGGAGCCCCGGUUUCCUCCAUUUCCCUGCCUUCUCCCCCCAUUUCCCCCAGUCUGAGCACCUUGGCUGACUCAGUCCCCCUUGAAUAAAGGUUCAAAACCUGGGGAGGAUCCCUGAGACAACAGUGGGAGGAAAUGCAGGGUCUCAGAGACUAAGGUGGGCAGGGGCAGGGAGGAAGACAUAGCUUUAAAUGGCCCGAUUCAUGCCCUUCUGUCUUCCAUACCCACUGAGGUCUGGGGCCUACUCCAAAGGGUGCCCCACUUUCCCACAGACCAUUGGCCAGCAGGCAGCACAGGUCCCUGAUGGAUGGGCUCCUGUCAGUGACCACAGCUGCCUGGCCGCCAAUCCUGAUGGGCCAUGGGGCCUCAGUUCCCCGUAUUCCAGCUGGGCCCUGUCUGGACACUGGUCCCGAGGCCCAGGCAGGCAAAGGUGGUGCUGAGAUCAGGGGCUGGACCCCGAGGGCCCCGGACUUAGGAGCUCAUUUCUGCUUCCCCCACCCUUAAGCUGACCAUUCAGGGUGAGGGUGAGGGUCCCGGUGUUCCCCUGAGGCCCCACUAGGUGCCCCCCACCCCCUUUGCUUUCCUUUUAUAAACUCACCGGCCAGGACAUCUGGGAAGAGCAUGAGGAGAGCAACUUUCUCCCCGGGGCCCCAAGAGCUUUGCUCCCCAGACUUGGGGGAUGAUGAAGACAUGACUCUCAGAGACGGAGCUUCUCUCUCUAACAGGCCGGUCCAACCCUUACCGUACAGGUGGGGAAAACAAGACCUAGUGAGGAGUCAGGGCCAGAGCUGGGGUUGAACCCACGUGCCCAACUCCCGAUCCAGAGCCGAGGUUGGCUCUGGAGAGAGUCGUGGGUCCUGCCCUGUGUCACCAACACUCUUUCCUGAGGCAGCCCAGGGGUACUCUGAGGUGACCCCCUCCCGCAGGCUCCAUCCCCUGCACCCAGCCUCCCGUGGAGUACCUCCUCCCUCUGGCCCCUCUUCUGCGGGGCUUUGGCAGAAGUAGUUGCCCUGAGCUGAGUCCAGAGUUCCUUAUCCAGGAAGGCUUCCCAGAGGCGGGGGUGAUCGUGAGGCCAGGGCUUUCAUGGCACAGAAUGAAGGCAACUGGGUCUGGAUAGGGUCACCCCUGACCUAUGCCUGCUGUGGUUUGGCUGCGUGUGGGUCGGGUGGGAUGGGGUGGGAAGGAGGCAAGGGCUACAGGAAGGGGUGAAGGAGACACAGCCGGCCCUUGGAGGGUCCAGACGAGGCGGGGAGGUGAACUCAGGCUCCAGGAACUACUACACGUCCCCCACGGGAGACCGUAGGGCCUGUGGGCCGGACACUCGUGAUGUGUGUAUAUGGAGGGGCGUCUGGAAAGGUUCCUUGACUGAGAGUCUGAUGCAUCCAUUGAACAGGGCCUUGGAGGAGCGGGGGGAGGACUCUUUCCUUAGGGUUGGUGGAGUUUUCCGCAGGCCAAGACGGAGGGCCUAGGACAAGAGGAAUCCAAGCAGAGGGGCCAGCAUGAGAAGGAGCCUGGAGGGUGGGAGAUGCAGCACAUCUCUGGGGAGUGCUCCGUGGUGGGGGACGGUGCCUCUCAGCAGUGCCUUUGGCCUCAUUCUGCCAGCAGGGCAGGCGUCCCCCCACCCCCGCUGUCCAUCUCCUGAGCACCUGCCCCAGCUCAGUGUCCUGGGGGGUGCUAGGGGAGGCCGAGAUAUUUCUUCUACCUUUGACAGAGCUGGAGGGUCCCUUGCCGGUGCCCUCCAGGCCCUGCCCCGUGGGAAGUCUGGAAAGGACAUACCAGCAUCCUGUGGAGGGAGCCUCAUUCCCAUCUCCAGCCUCAUCAGUCAUGCCCUGAAGGUCAGAGUCCCCUCCUCCUCCCCGCGCUGUUCUGCAGAGUCCCCUGGCUGUGUUGGCAGGACUUCGGUGUCCAGGGUAGACCUCCCUUCCACUGAGGAGUGAGGUCCCAGCAUCCUGAUGGGUCCCAGGCCUCAGCCCUGCACAGGUGCCGGCAAGAUGCAGGCUGAUGGCUCCCUGGGAGCCCUCUACAGAUCUAUUUUUAUAUGGACCUUAUUCACUGGAUAGAGAGGUGGCCUGCAACCCCCCAGCACCCAUAUCUGAUCCCAUCCAGGGAGGGAAGGGGCUGGUUGGUGGUGGGGGGGGAGUGGUUCCUUUGACUAAUUCUGGAGGUGUUUUUAUAGUUCUUGGGUUCUAUAUGCAGGACAAAGUAAUAAAAACUUGUCUGUGGUAUGGUGCCUCUGUCAGUGACAGUUGCUUAACUGUUAAGUAACUUGUGUGGGAGGGUUUCGCGCCCCCCGCCCCACCACAGGGGUCUCCAAAGUGUGUGUCUGAGAUCUCUGGGCAAGAGCCACAUUUAGGAAAUAGAUGACAGGACGGUGUGAUCAGGGUUUACCCUAGGGGCGAGCACUGGGUGGCUUCCCCGAGGGGGCAACACUCCGUGGCGGUGCCAUUGCCGGAGAUGGACCACGUAAGGGGCGGGGGGAGCAGGUUAAGCAGCGAUGUGGGAAAUGACGAGCUCGGUUUUGGACCGGGCUGCAAUGUGUGUCUGACGCUGUGAAUAAACGAUGCUUAGGUGAUGUCCUAGCACAGCCUCCACGAGAACUAGCUCUUCAUAUGACUAAUUGAACCUAACUGUUCAUAAGGCAACACAUUUGGACUUCUUUCAACAGGACGUCCCAAGUAGGGCUUUUGGAACGAUCGGGGGGCCUGUAGGGCAAAGAUUGAAACUACUGUUCAUUGGAAACGCCCCUGGCGCGGGGAGGGCCCCAUCCUCCCCUGAGCUCAGAGCAGCUCUGCUUUUAUUUGCCUUAUACACACAGCAGAGGCUACAAAGUAACCUGCCCACAGGGAUGAGGUAAGAAUUCCUUGGAAUGGGAAGAGGCCUCUGAGGGCCAAGGAAAAGUGCUACACAGCUCCUCUUGACUGUGGCCCGUGUUGCUAGAUAUUUGUUGGUGGCUAGUGACUAUUUUUGUGAAAUCUCAUGAUUUUUAAAUUGUUGGCAAUUCAUUUGAAAAGACAAAAUCCAAACAGUGAAAAGCGUUUGCGGCCCUUUUUGGUCUGUGGGCUGGCGGUAAGGUUUGAAUUUUCUUUGCCGCAUGCCAGCCCUGUGAUAGUUCAGCCCAUGCCUUAAAUCCUGGGAUGGGGAGCUCAUUACCGUCUCCAAGCCAGCUCUUGUAUGGAGUGAAGGACUGCUCCAUCUUUGUCACGUGACUGGUAUUUAUUAAGGACCUGUUACAUACUGCACAUUCCCUGCAACUGGGUCCAGGCAGUAGUGCAGUUGGAGCCAAACUAGGGUGAGGGUGGCUUUGAGUAAAGAAUGUUGGAUCCUAACUGUUUUCUUGACGUCAGGCUCUACUUAACAACAGUGUACCAGACAAUGAAGGAAAAGGUAGAAGCCUCAGCUUUGGUGACUUAAUCGCUUGAAAUGAGUAACCUCUACUCUAAAUGCUGUCACUGACUGAAGGGCCUUCUCCCUAAACUGUCAACACCGAUGACCUGCUGAACCAUGACCCCAGUCUGUCUUCUCUUCCGCCGUGAGCCCCACGUCGAUCAUUUCGGCGAAGAGCGAAUUCCAGGAAAGCAGAUCUGCCAGAGCCCGGAGCUUGGGAAGUGAGAAGCACGAUCACUGAAUCACCUGGGCCUCUGCUUUGUCCCUGGCCAACGAGACUUGCUACACAAGUAAACUAUAGGUACCCUAGAUACUGUGCCCCCAUGAUGUAAAUUUCUAGCUCAUGGAAGGAAGAUGUUGGGGAAAAGCUUCUUGGGCUAGGUUACCCGUGACCUGGAUCUUGGGGAGAGGGCCCCCUCUUCAGGUAUCAGAGAGGUUCUGCCUGAAGUAAAGGUUUUCGCAUCUUCUGAGGAAAGUAGCUGCUUGCAGACCCUCAC